AUGCAAGAAGCUACUAGCUAUACAACUACAGCAACAACACUGGUAGAUGGCAGUCAAAUCUUUGUCUCCACAUCUCGGACAAUGCCACAAACCAGCGUAAAGGCUACAGCUACUACAACAAUAGAUAGCUCAAGCACUUCUUCUACCGAAACAUCAUAUGAAUUGCUUGCGACAGAAUCAAAUCAAAUACCUAGUACGACUGAUAAUAACUUUAUUAGAGAAACACCCACGUCAGUGCUCUCGAUGAAUGCAAUAGUAUCAACCAAGACCAUUGCUUCAUUCUUCUCUAGGCCAACAUCCCGUCUAUUAGCACCUCCCAAAGAUCGCCCCUUGAGAGACAAAAGCCCCAUCAGUUCUUCUCUCAUACCAUCCGCCUCCACAACACCCUCUCCUUCCACUAUUCAGCCCAUUCCUGCCAAAGUAACUACCAAUAGUAGCACAAAAGUACCUGCUUCUACAACCACACAUACCAAUGAAACGAAUGACGACGACAAUAGCGCCUAUUAUCACAAGGCUCAAAUACAUUCCUCAAUCCGUGAUCUGGGCUUGGGGUUAGGGCUAGGAUUUGGAGGCUUCAGCAUCCUUGUAUUGGCAGCAUUGCUGAUCCAAAACUACCAGAAACGACAAAGAAACCAAAGCUCUUUCCGCACAAGCAACCAUAUAGAUGACAAUGGCGUCUUUUUUACAGAAAAACCAUCCAUAUUCAAGCGAAAAAGCGCUAGUAGAAACUCCAAGCAAGCCUCUUAUAUCAGUACAAAAUGGAGAUCACACAGCUUCUUGGGUGUGGUAGCAAAUGCGAUUGCAGCAACAUUUUCAAAACGAGGCUCUAGCAAUAGCUUUUCUCAGUUUGGUGAAUCAAGAGUUGUGGAUUACGAUCCAUUAACAUAUCCUCAGCCGCUAUACAGCCCCGUUAAAGCGACAUACCAAGAUAUGUGA